AAAAAGAUAUAUUUUCAGUUACCAAAAAGAAAAACACAUUUUCAAAGCAACACACUCCUUCUCUCUCUUUCUCUCAAUGCAGGCAGAACAAUGGAUGAUAAUUGCAACAAUAUGUGCAACUGCACUAUUCUUAACUGCAGAAUCAGUCUCAGAAACUGAUAAAAUUGGCACUUUGCCUGGCCAACCAGAGGUUAGUUUCAAACAGUAUGCAGGGUACAUAACCAUUGAUGAAAAGCAGCAGAGAGCUCUUUUCUACUACUUCGUUGAAGCAGAGACAGACCCAUCUUCAAAGCCUCUUGUUCUUUGGUUAAAUGGAGGGCCUGGAUGUUCUUCUAUUGGAGCAGGAGCUUUUUGUGAGCAUGGACCUUUUAAACCGAGUGGAAAGAUACUUCUCAAAAAUGAUUAUAGCUGGAACAGAGAGGCAAAUAUGCUGUACUUGGAAUCACCUGCUGGAGUUGGCUUCUCCUACUGUGCUAAUAAAUCCUUCUACAACUCUGUGAAUGAUGAGAUGACAGCAAUAGACAACCUUGCAUUUCUUGAAAGGUGGUUUAGCAAAUUCCCAGAAUAUAGAAACAGAGAUUUCUUCAUUACAGGAGAAAGCUAUGCAGGUCACUAUGUCCCACAGCUUGCACAACUCAUUGUUGAGUCCAAAUCAAAACUGAACCUCAAAGGAAUAGCAAUAGGAAAUCCUCUUCUAGAGUUUGAUACAGAUUUCAACUCGAGAGCAGAGUUCUUUUGGUCUCAUGGUUUAAUAUCAGAUGCAACCUAUGAAAUUUUUACUAGAAUUUGUAACUAUUCUCAAAUCAGGAGACAGUACCAAACCAGUGGAUCUCUCUCUCCUGAUUGCUCCAGGGUGAGCAGAGAAGUCUCAAGAGAAGUUAGUAAAUUUGUAGAUACCUAUGAUAUUACUCUUGAUGUUUGCUUAUCAUCAAUCCAAUCACAAUCGCAUGUGUUGAAUCAAAUGGAAUAUGCAGGCAAAAUUGACGUCUGUGUAGAAGAUGAAACAGUGAAGUACUUGAACAGAAAAGAUGUACAAGAAGCUCUCCAUGCUCAGCUUUUCGGAGUUAAUGGAUGGACUGUAUGCAGCGAUGUGCUCAAAUACAAUAUGCAAAAUCUAGAGAUAUCCACCACUCCCCUUCUGGGGAAACUUAUCAAGUCCGGCAUCCGGGUCUUGAUUUACAGUGGAGACCAAGAUUCAGUCAUUCCACUAACCGGAACAAGAGCACUGGUAAAUGGAUUGGCAAAGGAGUUAACACUCAACACAACCGUUCCUUAUAGAGCAUGGUUCGGGGGAAAACAGGUUGCUGGGUGGACACAAGUAUUUGGUGAUAUCUUAUCUUAUGCUACCAUUAGAGGUGCAUCUCAUGAAGCUCCAUUUUCACAGCCAGAAAGAUCUAUUGUGCUGUUCAGUGCGUUUCUAGGGGGAGUGCCACUGCCAGAAGAUAUAUAUUAUGCUGAGAAAAUUAAUUAAGAAGUCCGUUCAUAUGAAUAAUGUCAGUAGUCGAAAACUAAAUCUCUGCAAUUUAUAUUAGCAUUAAUUCUUGUUUACGGUAAACUACAAAUUCUCUAUCAAACUUCAUCUUAACCCAUUACAACAACGAGGAAUCUGUUGAAUGUGCAUCGGAUUGUAUUUGACUA